UAGUAGUUGUGUAAGGUGGAAAGCAAAUUAUCAGCGCAGUGAAUACUGAGUUCAUCGUAGGGAGAUCAGAUCAGUUGCAUCUUUAUUCACUAUCACGGUUGCAGUAAUGUGGAGUUCAGGCUUGCUGCUCCUCCUUGUCACACUUUGGCAUCAGUCUGAUGCCCAGAACUCUGAGCCUAUGCUCAAGGUCAUAACACAGACAAUGCUUCCACCUGACAACACUAACAACCCUACACAGCUCAACUAUGGCAUGGCUGUGACAGAUGUGGAUGGUGACGGUAACUUGGAUGUGGUGGUGGCAGGGUACAAUGGGCCCAACCUGGUGCUAAAGUAUGACAGCACCCAAAACAAGCUGGUAAACAUUGCUAUUGAUGACAGAACUUCACCAUACUAUGCACUGAGGGACCGAGGAGGAAAUGCGAUUGGAGUUACUGCCUGUGAUGUGGAUGGAGAUGGACGUGAGGAGAUUUAUUUCCUCAAUACAAACAAUGCUUAUUCUGGGAGAGCCACCUAUUCAGACAAACUCUUCAAGUUCCGUAAUGGUCGCUAUGAAGAUCUGCUAAGUGAUGAACUAAAUAUACGUCGUGGUGUUGCUAAUCAUAUGGCAGGACGUUCAGUUGCAUGUAUCGACAGAAAGGGAACAGGUCGCUAUGCCAUCUACGUAGCCAACUAUGCCCAGGGCAGGGUUGGCCCCCAUGUUCUCCUUGAAAUGGAUGAGUCUGCCAGUGAUCUGUCCAAGGGAAUCAUCGCUCUGUCUGAUGUAGCUGCUGAAGCCGGGGUCAACAAGUUCACAGGUGGCCGUGGUGUGGUUGUUGGACCAAUCCUGAACCAGAUGAGGUCUGAUGUGUUCUGCGACAAUGAAAAUGGGCCCAACUUUCUGUUCAAGAACAAAGGAGAUGGGACUUUUACAGACAUGGCACGACAGGCAGGUGUUGAGGACCUCAACCAGCAUGGCAGAGGAGUAGCGCUUGCUGACUUUAACGGUGAUGGAAAGACAGAUAUCGUCUAUGGCAACUGGAAUGGGCCUCACAGACUUUACCUGCAGACCGACGACUCCAAAUUCCGGGAUAUUGCUUCUCAGAGAUUUGCUGAACCCUCACCUAUCCGCACUGUCAUCGCUGCUGAUUUUGACAAUGACCAGCAGCUGGAAGUGUUCUUUAACAAUAUUGCCUACAGAGGAAAUGCCCCUAACAGGCUGUUCAGGGUGUCAAGGAGAACCAAUACAGACCCUCUAAUUCAGGAGCUUAAUGUGGGAGAUGCUGCUGAGCCACAAGGAAGAGGAACAGGUGGUACUGUAACAGACUUCGAUGGAGAUGGACAGCUGGACCUGCUGCUGGCACAUGGGGAGAGCGCCCAACAGCCAAUCUCUGUCUUCAAGGUCACACAGGGCUCGUCCAACAACUGGCUGCGGGUCAUUCCUCGUACCCAGUUUGGUGCAUUUGCUCGUGGUGCCAAGGUAACAGCCUUCACCAAUCAGAGUGGAGCUCUCACUCGCAUCAUUGAUGGAGGCUCUGGGUACCUGUGUGAGAUGGAGCCCGUUGCCCACUUUGGUUUGGGAACUGACAGUGUGAAGGUGCUGGAGGUCUCCUGGCCAGAUGGUACUACCCUCACUCGAGCUCUUGAGGCUGCUGACAUGAACUCCGUGGUGGACGUGGCCUAUCCCAGAGAUGGGGAAAUGUCUGUGCUUGCCAGUGACACACAGUGUGGUGAUGGCUUUACUGUCAAGAAUGGCCGCUGUGCAGGUAUUUGAGGAAAAUCGCAUGAAAUGCCAUAAAGAGUUGCUGUGGUAAGCAACAAUGCGACAGAGGACUUGGCUUUGAAUGUUUUUUUUUCUAUUUGCGCUUUGAAAGAGGGAGCUUUCUUGUUUUCUGUUUUUACUCUAUGAGUAGUUUUAUUGUUUUCAUUUUUUUUGACAUUUCAUUUCUACUGGCUUAAAUAAACUGGAUUAAUAAAGUUCUUCAUAUCAAUGA